AUGGCCGCUCCACGGAGAUCCAAACGAAUCCAGGCUCUCCACCAACCCGACGAAGCACCCCGCGGAAUCACCGAAAGCCCCGAAGCCCUAAACAAAGACCAUACUGAUAACAGAAGAAAGACUUCUGGGAGCCAAAGCGGAAUUCUAGAAGGACAUGCUCCUGAAGAACACCCAGACAGCGAUGCUCCAAAAGACAUUACCCAAAAGGAAGAGACUCGAGUGAUUGAUCCAGCUGUUCGUCGGGCCGAGGAGGGAGAACAGUGGUUUGAGAAGCAAGAAGAAGAACUUGGGGAAAGUGUGAGAAAAUUUACCGAGAGCAAAGAAUAUCUUCAUCGGAUGUUGGCUCUUGAUGGCUACGCCUCCAAUGCAGUACGCCACUGGAAAAGACUCUCCGGCAGUAUUGUGUCUCUUGUACUCGAAAUGGACCUUCGGGGCAUCACCUGGGACAGCCUCGACGAGUCUGUCCAGCAAAAGUUCAUUAGCUUUGCCCCUAACGUUGAAGAGCUUUUUGAUGUAUACGGUAUGCCCCGGCUUGUAUUUCAGCGAUGGAUCUGGGAGAUCAUAGAUGAGAACUUCUUUUCCAAGAAGAGCAAGGAUAUCAUCUGGACCUCUCCAUACUGGGAGACUCAGGCAGCCCUGGAGCGCUACUUACAAGAACAUAACUUCCCAUAUGAUAACAAGAUUGCGUCCUACAAGUUUCCGCACUGGAGACAUACCACGAUGGAGUUCUAUAUGGCACUUGAAGACUCACCAAAGAAGCAUCGAAGGAUUGACCCAGCCUGCGUUGUCCCAAUACUUUCCAAAGCACUCGGCCAAUACUUCCCAGAGAAGCGUGAUGGCACACACCCAAUUAUGCUAGAACUUCUUGAAGAUGCAGUGGUCACUACAGAGUUUUACUUUGACGCCAACCUGACCUUCUUUUCCAUCGUCUUUCAUCACCCCACGACUCAUCAACCUUGUGGUUUUCUCUACGAGCCCGAGCUUGAAGGUAUUGAGGGACAAGCUAUGGACGAAAUUGAAGGCAGCGACAGGGAGGGAGAACCCGUCGAUUUUGUCGCUCAGCCUAUGCUCCUGUGCCGUGGGCAUAUGCAUGGAUAUGAUUACCAUGUCAAGACGGCUGAGAGUCCCAUGGAAGUUUGUGCUGCCUGGCUUCAGGAUCCAGAGAGACCUAGAUUAUCAGAGAUGACAAAAGGGGGUAAGGAACAGGAAAAUAAGGAGACACAUAAGGACAAAGAGUAUGAGGAGGACCAAGAGGAUGAAGAGGUAGAUAAUAGUAAGCAGACAGAUGAGAAGGUAGAUAUAGAGAAAAAAGAACAGAAAGAAGAAGAAGAAAAAGAAGAAGAAGAGGAAGAGAGACAGAGAGGGGAGGAGGAGGGAGAGGAAAGAGGAAAAAAAGAACAAGGAAAAAAGGAACAAGGAAAAAAGAAAAAGAACAACAGAAACAGAAACAAGAACAGAAAAAGAAAUAAAGGGAAGCGUCAACAAUAG